GAGGCGGGAGGAGGGCGGGGCUUAGGCUGUGUUUGUCGGGCGAAGCGGCCGGGGCCAUUCGGUGCCCGGCUCGGCAGAAAGUCGUGAGCGGGAAGGAGAGGUAGGGCUCCGGCUGGCGGGACGGACAGACUGACGGACGGUUAAAGGUAGAAGCGGCGCCCACGGAACCGGGGCGGCAACAUGGUGUCGUGUAUCAUCUCCCGAGUCGUUGUGCUGGUUUUUGGAAUGCUGUAUCCUGCAUAUUAUUCAUACAAAGCUGUGAAGACAAAAAACGUGAAGGAAUACGUGCGGUGGAUGAUGUACUGGAUUGUGUUUGCUCUUUAUACUGUUACUGAAACAAUAACAGACCUCAUGAUAUCUUGGUUUCCAUUGUACUACGAGUUGAAGAUUGCAUUUGUUAUUUGGUUGCUCUCUCCAUAUACUAGAGGAGCAAGUUUAAUAUAUAGGAAGUUUCUUCAUCCUCUUCUUUCUUCAAGAGAAAGGGAGAUUGAUGAAUAUAUUGUGCAAGCCAAAGAACGCGGUUAUGAAACAAUGGUUAACUUUGGUAAACAAGGCUUAAAUUUAGCUGCUACUGCUGCAGUGACAGCAGCUGUAAAGGGUCAAGGGGCAAUAACUGAAAAGCUGCGGAGUUUCAGUAUGCAUGACUUAACUGCUAUACAAGGUGAUGAACCAGUGGGACAAAGACACUACCAAACAUUACCUGAUACAAAAAAGAGAAGCAGAAGCUCCACCACCAAUGAAACUUUAGGUUACACUAUUCCAUUAAAAAAAGAUUCUGAAGAUGAUAAAACAGAUGAGGAGAGGGAAGGGACAUAUUCAGAGGAUGAGACGUUCACUCAGAGAGGUCUCCGGCGAACACAAAGUAUGAAAUCGGUAAAAACUAUCAAAGGCCGCAAGGAGGUGCGGUAUGGCUCAUUAAAAUACAAAGUGAAGAGAAGACCACAAGUGUACUUCUAAACGAUCUUCACAAUUCAGCAUGUCAAACUGCUAUAUUAGUUGCUUCCUGCAGGCCCACAAUAGGGCCUUGUCCUGCAUAGGACUUCCCCAUUCUCUGAAGGGAAACACUUGGCACACGUGUGGAUUCCCAUUGCCAGUGUAGAGCAUUUUCUUGAUCAUUGAAGAGGAAGGGGAAAGCCCUGCAUGCACAGAGCUCUGCGUGCAUACCUGACUUAACUGGCCACUAUGUUUAGGGAUUAUCCAUAUCAAUAAUUCAGUCAUGGUGGUAAGAAUAUAUUGCUUUAAAGAGUGGAGUUAUGUUUAAUCUCAGUUUCUUAAAACUAAUUGCUAAUAUGUUUAGGUUAGCACAUUACGCUUUUGUACUUCAUAAGUGAAAUAAUUUAACGGCUGACUCUUACGAGACUUUUAAUUGUGGCUUUUGUGGAUGAGCAUUGUGCUUGGUUAAUGCCAACACUUACUGAAAAUCUCAGCACUUCCAGAAUUUCCUUUUUAUACUUGGAAAGCUUAUACUUGAAUGCAUCAUUGUGCUAGAUUCCUUAAAAAUUCUUAAAAUGCAAUGUAAGAGUAUUGAGUGUGAAAGAAAAAGUCAUUCACAAUUAAUCUCUUAAUGGCUUGGAUCCAAAGAACAACUUAUGGCCGUUCAAGGGGUUUCUGCUACCUAGUGGAAUUCACUUUCUUAAAACAUGACAAACUGCUUUUGAUAAUUUCCUCACUGCUAUGUGACAUGGGGAGACUGCUUUAUUGAGUCUGAAGUUGGUUUUAGGUGAAAUUCUGUACGCUGCAUAGAUAUAUUUUAUAUGAAUUUGCAGUAUAGAACUAAAAUAACAACAACAACCCCAGAAGGCUCACAUAACUUGCUUCAUUGUUUGGAGGUUUGUAUAUUGCUUUACUGUAACCAGGGAUUUGAGGGUAGCCUGUGCAUACAGCCGAGUUGAUCACUCAGAACAUUAUCUCUUUCCAGAGCAGCCCCUGUGCUAGUCUUUUGCAGCAAAAACAACAGGCAUGAGCUUCCAUGAACUACAGUUCACAGAUACAUGAAGUGUUACCCUGAGUUACAGGUAGAUGUGCACUGUAGUCCACAGAUGUUUGUGCCACAACAAACGUGUUACACAGGUCCCUUUGCUAUCUGUAACUGGACACUUGCAUGCUGUGAUCUGUAGUAUUGCAGUUCUAAUUGGUUUUUUCAAUGCAGUGUUGACCAAGGAACACAGAAAGCUGCAACACACAGUCAGACCGUUGGUCUUAUCUAGUUCAGUAUAGUCUACACUGGCAGCACCUCCUCAGUGUUUCAGACAGAUAUUUCUCCAAGCAACACCUGGAGACCAUCAGGGAUUGAACUUAGCACUUUCUGCAUGCAACUCUUAUCAAGUUUAUCUUCGUGUGGACUUUCUCUUAUGGGUUCACUGCUGCAUGUGAGAGCACGCAGCUGAGCAAUAUGGGCCAGGUGCCUUUUCUUUUUGGAAUGUAUAUAAAGGAAUUUAACUACAAGACCCAAAAGAUUUCAAACCUUUUUGUUGGAUACCAGCAGUCGUAUGGUGUACCGUGUACUAGACAUGUCAAACUCAAGAAACAGGAAAAACUUGCACACUCUAAAUUUAGUUGUUCUAUUAUUUUAGAGUCCUGUGUUUCUAGUGUUUAAUAAUCAUCUUGCAUAUGCUUUUUAUCGUGCUUGUUUUUUUUUUAUUCUUUUGUAAAACAUUGAAAGUUUUAUGUUGGCGCACCGCAGAGAAUUGAAGGCCAUUUCAGGAACACGAGGGUGGUAUGCAACCAAGCAUUUGCAGUGUCAUAUUUGCCCUUUCCCUGCAUGUCCUCCCCAAAUCCGCUGCAGAGGGUUGGUGAAACCCCAGAACAGAUUUAGGGCUCUCAUGGGAGAAGAAAGGAGAGGGAAGGAAAGUUCAGCUACACAGCCAGAUACUGAAAUACUUUGUUGGAUACGAUCCAGAGCAACUGGGUAGUUGGGCUUACAUAUAUGUACAUAUCUUAUGUAAAACAAGCAUAAUAUGUAGAGCUUGUGGUAACUUGAUACACUUCUGUGAUGUUCGUUAUGCCAUUCAAGAGUAGCACUUGAAAUGUUCUAAAUCUUGAUAUUCUUAAGUGUUAAGUAGUGAACACUUAAGAAUAUCAAGAUUUAGAACAUCCGGCUCACAAAAUACUAUUAUUUUUGGCUAGAUUCCUGAGGAAUGUCUUGACUUUUUAGACAGGUGAAUCUUCCAAAACUAUUAGAAUAACCAGGAGUUUUAGUAAUGCUUCUGGAUGCAAGAACCAUGUCAGACCCUCAGCCAUUAAAUGUUAUUUAAGAAAUCAUGAAAAGAGGUUCACAUUUUAAGCCUGAUCUUCACAGCUUUGAGUGCUGCACACUUUUUAACCGAACACUUGAAAAAAUUGCUGCUGUUAUAUAUGUUGGUACUAGGGUUUUAACUUGGUAAAGUGGUUCCAAAGGAAGUGGUUCCAAAUAUGUAUAUGCUUCACAAUUUUUAAUUCAUGCCAUGUGGAAGUGUCUCUUCUCCAGAAAAGAAUUUACCAUUUAUUCUGAAUACAGACAGCUUGCCCCAAAUAAGGAACUAAAGAACUGUUUUCUCUUCAGCUUUGGAAACAGAAUUUUAAUAAGAAACAAUGCUUGCUUUUACAUUUUUGUACCCAACUUGCUAAGAUGCUGUUCACAAAAUUAGAUACAUGAUUGAUUUUUUAAAAGGUAAAUUACAGCUGCUGGGGAUGGGGCUGAUUGGCAUGGAGCAUCCCCCCAAUUGAAAAUCGGGGGGGGGGGGGGCUACUCCCACACAAAGUUCCCAAUUCAGACUGAUGUCUCUGUGGCUGCAAUUUCUUUUUAAAAAGCCACCUAUGUAGCUGCUAAUUGUUGAAUGGUAUCUUCUCUAGUUUGGCCCUCAGAGUAGUUACUAACGUGGUUACACUGAGUGUAGGGAGAAAGGAGUAUAGUAUCUGAAUUGGAGGUGUAUUCCCAGCAUUAUCUUUCAGAAGUCUUUCUGUUGUAUAAUCCCUCUGUUAACAAAAUUUAAAUCAGCCUUAGGUUUUUUUUGAAGCCUACAUACUGGAGGACCGUAGUUCUAAAAUAAGCCAGCCUAGUUUUCAACUUGUGUCUUCCACUUUUGCUUUUAAAAUAACUUGUGGCUUGUUAUGUAGAAGCACACACCAUACUGGGUCAGACAAAACAGUUUUGUAUCUUCCUACAACUGAUCCAACCAGAUAAUUUCAAAGGAACUGUAUAGGAAUUGAUUGCGAAAUGAUAUGUUAUUUCAGCUAUUUUUUAAAAUAUAUCCAUGCCUUUAGUCAAACAGACUCAUCCUGAAAAUUUGUAAGGCUUAAGGGCUGCUUUGUAUGUUAUGUUGUUGGUGUGUACUUGUAUCAUGAAUACUCAAAAGUUACAUGUAGUGCUUGCAUGUGUAUGGUGCAGGUGUGAUUGUACUUGUAUGGUAUGGGUGUGAUACAAAGGGAGCUCUUGGUGGGUUGAAUCUUCCUGGUUCAAGUAUAUCGAAAGACUAUGGUGUGCACCCAUGGCAACUACAAGUGGCACAUUCCUUGGACACUCACUCAGUGAGGUUGCCCUUCAGUGAAAUGAAUGAAAAGCAAUUCCUUUCUCCCAUUUUUAAAAUCCAUUUUUUAGCUUCUUGGAUUCAAAGAUCUGUUUGGAUUCAAAGAAUGGCAAAAUAAUUGCUGCAAAUUAAAUAUAAUGGUUUUACCACGUCAAAAACAAGGUAUUUUGUUGAAAGAUGAUAGAUCAAUGUUGAAUGAACUACGUAUUAUGCAAAAGAAACAUUAAACUAUUUUCAAGGACUGCUUCUACUUACCAGCUCUUACAAAUGCAAUUUCAACAUAUUGACUAAUUGCAGCUUUAAGACUGUAAGCUUUAACUUUCCCAUCUGUAACAGACUGUCAACUUGUUUACAUAUUUGUAGUGAGUUUUGUACUGAUACUUCUUUACCUAUGUAUAUGCUAUUUUUGAAGAUGCAAUGGCUCUUGAAAAGAUUUUUUUUAAAAAAAUACUUAAUAAAAUGAAUACUUUCAAUGUC